AGUGAAGGAAGCAGAGGAGCCAAAAUCAAUGGCGGCCAACAGUUUCGCGACGAAGCUAAGCAGAAACACAAAUAGAAUUACAGUAAUCUUGGUCUACUCAUUCCUUGAAUGGCUUCUCAUGUUCUUUAUCUUCCUCAAUUCCCUUUUCAUUCACUUCAUCGUGAGAUUCGCGUCUUUCUUCGGCCUUAAGCAAGUAUGCCUUCUCUGUCUGAAUCUAGAUCGAAUCUUCGAGCGAAACCCAGAAAAGAGAUUCACUUACAGAGAGCUUAUAUGCAAAAACCACGUCGCAGAGCUCGCAAGUCUCAGUUUUUGCAAAACUCACGGGAAUUUAUCCGAAUCGGUGAGCUUGUGCUCGGAUUGCUCAGAUCGCGAAGUGCGAAGCAACAUUGGUUUAGGGUUUUGCACAUGUUGCCAGAAGAGCUUGGCAGAAAAACCCUACCCUAAUUACUUGCUUAUCAAGUCAUCGAUUUGGGGGAGAACUCUGGGUGACAGAGAAAACGGUGGACUGAUCUUUGAGAUGAUCGACGAUGACAAAAUUGGAGAUGGUUUCGAGAUAGAUAGAGAAUCCUAUCCCCUAGGGUUCUUCAGGAAGAAAGCAGAAGAAGAGGAAGAAGAAAGAAAGACACAUGAGCAGCAGCAAAAUGGUGAAGUGAUUUCAGAUGCCGAGAGCUAUGGUUUAAGUCUGAGAGAAGUGUCUGAGGAAGAUGGGUUAAGAUCCAACAACAGCAAGAAUUUUCUCGGGAACGAAGAAGAAAUCCCUGAAGCUAAAUCAAGAGUUUCAGAGGAUGAACAAAGGAAUGAUGACACAGGCAAUAAUAUUGCUACAGAUGGGGAAGAUAAAGUUUCAGGGCGUGUGGAAGAAGAUGAAGAAGAAACAGAAAGAGCAGAUUUUUUAGAUGAUCAAUUUGAGAGCAAGAAUGAAGCUUUUGUCAUCGAAAAUCUCUCUGUUGGAUUUGAUCCUCUUCUAACAGGUAGCCAAAAUGAAGAAAAAGGAGAAGAAGAAGAAGAAAAGACUGAGUUUUUUCCGGAAACUUCAACUUCAGGCAAUACUUUAUUGCACAAGAAACUUCUUAAUCUUUCCGAAAAUGAGUAUUAUGUAACUGCUGAAGAGUCAAGAGAUGGGAGCGUAGUAGUGAGUGAGAUGGACGGUGGAGAUCCUUUAAGAACUAUUGAACGGCUUAGAGACACUGUGAGAGCAGAACAAGAAGCACUGAGAGGUUUAUAUGCAGAGCUGGAAGAAGAAAGAAGCGCGUCUGCGAUAGCAGCUAACCAGACAAUGGCGAUGAUCACGAGGCUACAAGAAGAGAAAGCGAAAGUUCAGAUGGAGGCGUUGCAGUAUCAGAGAAUGAUGGAGGAACAAGCCGAGUAUGAUCAAGAAGCACUGCAGCUGUUGAAUCAUUUGAUGGUUAAACGAGAGAAAGAGAAGGAAGAACUCCGGAGAGAGCUUGAAGUUUACCGAGAGAAGGUUUUGGAGUAUGAGAAGAACAGAAUCACAACUUCGAAUUGCGAGGCUGAUGAUGAUGAUGAUGAUAAAAAGGAGGAGAAUGGAGAAGAGGAUAAUUUUUCUGAGACGGAUGUGGAUUUGGAGAAGAUAACAUUGGAUUGCGUGAAACAUAUGGGCAUGCUCGAUGAAUCUUUAUCAGAGUUUGAGGAAGAGAGGUUAGUGAUCUUGGAUCAGCUUAAGGUGUUAGAGGACAGACUAUUAACAAUGCAGGACAAUGAAUCUGCAGAGGAUUCAAAAUUUCCAGGAGAAUUCAGAAAUAGUUAUGAACAUGGAGGACUAACAAUGGCAUCAAUGGCAAAGAGUUUGCUUCCUCUUCUAGACGCAGCUGAGAACGAAUCAGAAGACGGGUAUGAAGAACAAUCAGAAUCCGUUGAAAAGAACUUUGGUUCAGAAAAAGAGAAGCUAGAGAUAAUUAAACAAGUUGAUAGUGUCUAUGAGAGGUUGCAGGUCCUGGAAACAGAUGGAGAGUUUCUGAAUAACUGUAUGAGCUCAGAGAAGAAAGAUGACAAAGGUUCGAAUCUUCUUCAAGAUAUAUUGCAACAUCUCCGCGAUCUCAGAAACAUUGAACUCUCUGACACGUUUGAAAACCAGAAGACACAUGAGGAAUGAUGUUUAUUUACAAGAAUUAUAAACUUUCUCACCAUUAUUCAAGACAGGUUUCAAGAACCGGAAUCAAUGUCUUUGCACUGCUCAAUGAAGGAUCUGAGAAUUAUAGAAAUUCUUAGGUGUUUCUUGUUUGUAUGUUUUGUUUUUGGAAUAACAAAAAAGUUUCACAUUAGUCUUUGGAUUUGUAUCUGCCAUGUACAUUGUUUGUGUUUCUUCUAGUUUAUGAGAGUUUUUCAGUUGGAAAAAA